UCUGACGAUGUUUACCUAUCUAUUAAAUAGGCCUUGCCAAGAACAACUAACCACAGCCACAGCUACUAGUCAAUCUCAAGGACUCUUCAGUUGGUUGUCACUGUUUAUCUGGACUUGUGUCACUCACCUACUGCUCCACUCUUCAUAAAAUUUAUCUAGAGAUAAUGGCCGGACUGGAAGACCCACUGGACGUACAGUGUGUGGCUGAUGCAGCUCGAGAUCAGUUGAGUAACAUACUUUCAGAGGUGGACGGUCCGAAAGAUGUUGUCAUCCAAGCUGACCUUAUGUCCCUGCUCAAUCAUGUCACUCCUUUCUCCUUCCUCAAAAAGUUGGGUGUGGACCAUGUGUUCAAGCUGGAGCCUACUAUGAAUAUGGGGGGAACACAUCGCUAUUACAUCACACGACCUGACCUACAUGCUGUCAGUCAGAUAGCCACACACAUUGUCAGUGACCAUAAUGACCAGCAACAACGAGACUAUUGCAUCAUCUUUGUCCCCCGGCAAUUAGCAUCGUGUGAGAGCAUUCUCGAAGCUGAAGGUGUGUACGGAUUUGUGCGGAUACUUGAAUGGAACUUGCAUCUGAUCCCAUUGGACGCUCACCUGUUAUCUCUCGAGAGGUACGACACAUUUCGAUCUCUCUAUGUGUCUCAGGACUUCACUCAUCUUCAUUCCAUUGCACGUUCUUUGCUCCUUCUUGAGGGCCUAUUUGGGACCUUUCCCCUGGUGCACGGUAAAGGCCAUUUUGCUCAGAUGGUUUGGGACCUUUUCAAGCGCCUGAAAGAGCUUGGAGACACACCCUCUUUUGGCCAGCUGUCUGAACAGGGGAUUUCUGAGGUUGUGUUGUUCGAUCGUCAGUGUGAUCUUAUAACUCCACUUUGCUCGCAAUUGACGUACGAAGGAAUUUUAGAUGACGUGUUUCGAAUUCAGAGUGGUUAUGUCGAAAUUUCUAGCGAUAUCACCCAGAAAGAACAAGAGACCAAAGUUCUGUUGAAUUCUAAAGAUCCUGUAUUUACCGAAAUUCGUUCUCUCCAUUUCUCAGCCACUUCUCUGAUACUCACCGAAAUUUCGAAGAACCUCAGACACACGUAUCGUGAAGGAAAAUCACAUGACUCUAUUCCAGCUCUGAAAAGUUUCGUGAAACGACUUCCCGAACUCACUAAGAAGCACGAUUCUCUAGCUACCCAUGUGCAAGUGAGCGAACAUAUUAUGGCGAAAAAGAAAAGAGAAGAUUUCCAACGACAGCUGUUCUAUGAGCGAGCCAUCCUCGAGGGCGCAGACAAGACGUCAGUGACUGACUAUAUUGAAGAGCUCAUCCAGUGUCAAGCUGACUAUCGCCUUCCAUUGCGUUUGCUCUGUCUUAUGUCCAUAACCAACAAUGGCAUCAAAGACAAGUAUCUAUCCAGCCUCAAGGACCAGUACUUGCGUAGCUAUGGCCACAAGCAUCUGGUGACAUUCCACAAUCUCCAAAGAGUGGGUCUUAUUCAACACAAGGCCGAAGAGCAAACUCCUCACAAAAGCACUUUCAAGCUACUGACCAAACAGCUUAAGCUAGUCCCCAAAGAUCCUUCAUUGUAUGACAUCUACUCCCCCAAGGACAUGUCAUACGUGUAUGGGGGCGCGUACAAGCCACUCAGCUGUGCUGCCAUCGAGCAUAUCGUCAAGACAAGAACCUGGAGAGGAUUGGACGAUGUUGUUCGGUCAUGGAAAGGCCCCGCCUUCUCCCACCCUCAGCACACCUCCAGAGAUGCUGCCCUGGCCGCUCAUCAGAAGAUAGUGCUCGUGUAUUUCAUCGGUGGAUGCACGUUUUCUGAAAUCAAUGCACUGCGGUUUCUUGGGGAGAAAACGAACACUAAUUACCUCAUAGCAACCACAAACAUUAUCAACCCAAACACUCUCAUUGAAAGUGUUGUGUUUAGCGAAGAUUAGAUGCUCUCAAGUUAAUAAGUUAUUCUUUCAAUGUGAUUACUUCCCUGCAGUUUGUACACAGCCUAGCUAUUUUUGUCAACAUAGAUAUAAAUACUAAAACGAUUUACUGUAUAACUUUUA